UUGUCCUUUCCUUCCCUAAAGUCCAGGCUCUUGUCCUUGACAUUGUUAGUUGGCGCAGUUUCUAUGUUAAGAAUUCUGGUUUCCACGUUCCAAGCUCCAAUUUCUCCUCCUCACAACACUGCUAAAAUCCCUCUUUCUCUUUCUCUUUCUCUCUCUCUUUUUCUUUCUAUGAUAAUCCCACAAUGGUAGGCGGCGGAGGCUCAUCCAGAGGCCACCGAGUUUUCUCCGAUCACAACAACAACAACACCAAAGCCGGAGCUUUCAACAAACUAAACAAAUCCCCCUUCGACGACUCCCACAUUUCCUCCGGCGCCGCCAACACCUUCCUCCCUUUAAUGGACACCGACCCCGAUCCCGACCCCUCCUUCUUCGAACCCGCCUCCACUUCCCCUUUCACCAAAUCCCCAUGGUCCUCCCAUUUGAACUCCGAUCCCCUACCCUCUGCCACCGAUGGCUCUUCCUUCCUCCCCAAUAUCCUUAUGGGCUCCCUCGUCCGCGAAGAGGGCCACAUUUACUCUCUCGCCGCCUCAGGGGACCUUCUCUAUACCGGAUCCGACAGUAAGAACAUCCGUGUUUGGAAGAAUCACAAGGAAUUCUCCGGAUUCAAAUCCAAUAGUGGUUUGGUUAAAUCCAUUGUAAUCGGCGGGGGGAAGAUCUUCACCGGCCAUCAGGACGGUAAGGUCCGGGUCUGGAAGGUCUCGAGUCGCGACCCGAGUGUUCACAAAAGAGUUGGGACUCUCCCCACAUUAAGCGAUUACAUCAAAUGUUCGAUGAAACCCAGUAAUUAUGUGGAGGGGAGACGGCGGAGGAAUCUCUGGAUUAAACAUUUCGAUGCAAUUUCGUCUCUGAGUUUAAGUGAGGAUCAAUCGUUUCUAUACUCUGCUUCCUGGGAUAAAACUUUUAAGGUCUGGAGGGUCUCCGAUUCGAAAUGUUUGGAGUCGAUUCAGGCUCAUGAUGAUGCUGUUAACACUCUGGUUUCAAGUAUUGAUGGAUUGGUUUACACUGGAUCGGCAGACGGCAGCGUCAAAGUGUGGCGGAGGGAGCUACAGGGGAAAGGGACAAAGCAUUUCUUCUCGCAGACUUUGGUUAAACAAGAAUGUGCUGUUACUGCUCUUGCUGUUAACGACGACGCUACUUUUGUUUACUGUGGCUCCUCCGAUGGGGUGGUUAAUUUUUGGGAGAGGGAGAAAUCGUUAUCCCACGGCGGCGCUUUGAGGGGCCAUAAGCUUGCAAUUCUCUGUUUGGCUACCGCCGGCCGUUUGUUGUUAAGUGGCUCUGCUGAUAUGGGGAUUUGCGUCUGGCAGAGAACGGCGUCGGAACAUUCUUGCUUGUCGGUGUUGACGGGUCACACCGGUCCGGUGAAAUGCUUGGCCGCUGAAAAGGACAGUGAAGCCGGCGAAAGUGAGCGGCGGUGGAUUGUGUAUAGUGGGAGUUUGGAUAAGUCAGUCAAGAUGUGGAGGGUGUCGGAACAGCCGCCGGCGGUCGUGCAAAGUCCGCCGUCUUUCUUGACGGAUUCCUCCCCAACCGCCGGCCUCUUGGUAAAUGCUCCCAGUUUCGUUAUUCGAGAACAGUAACAAAAAAUUAAAAAGUUCAUUUCCUAAAAUUCAUGGUUAACUUUUACUAUUAAUCCCUUAAACUUUUAAAAUCUUGUCUAAUUAAUCUCUAAAAGUUUGACAAAAAAAAUCUAAUAGGUCCCUACUUUCUUUAAAUAUUAGAGAUGUUCUAUAAAUACUCAAAUCUUUAAUUUUAUUUCUCUUUAAAAAAACAUCUUUAAUAUGCAUCCGACAUGUUUAGAAUCUUAAUCGUCAGAAAUUUCAAAAUUUUUGCAAAAUUGAGAAUUUGAAAUCAAUUAUGAAUUAAAAGUAUAAGGACCUAUUAGAUAAUUUCUUAAUAGUAGAUAUUUAUUAAAUACAAGUUAAAAAGUGGAAGAGACUAGUUGUGAAAUUGUAGUGGAUUUUCCUAUGGGAUAUAUUUUUUGGGAUAUAUUCUUUGUGUUAAAACUCAUUUACUUGUUAGAUGAAAUAGAAUUAA